AUGAACACCGGCGGUUCGUGGGACAUUGUCGCAACCAUCUUCAUGGAAGCAAGUCCGAUAUUCCAGAAGCAGGUGAUGAACUUUGUCAAGGUGUUCCAUGCUUUUGUCAUACGAAAAUAUGUCAACGCACAGCUGUCCGUCUUGCCCAACGGCUUUGCGAUCGAUUGCACCAAACACUACAAGGGAAGUGUUUCGGACAAGACAAUAUUUGAUGAAAACCUGCAUUUUCACAUGGCCAGCCUGACCAAGCAAGCAAGCGAAGAUCGCAUGGAUGACCCCGACCAAGCCACACGGCAGUGGGCCAUCAAGAAACCAACCGGAGGAAUCCUCACGGCGGACGGCAUACGCACCAGCGACCGCAUCGCGACGGACCGCAACUAUGACAUUUUGUUCGAAACCUAUGUGGCGAUGAUGAACGUGCACAUCCGCAUGCGUCCACUUCGCGUGGACGAUGGCGACGUGAACGUCCAGUACGUGAACGAAUUGAACGCUAUUGAAACGAAGACGGUCAAGGGAAAGAAGUCCUCGGCACGUACCUAUCGAUCUAAACGCAAGGCCAGGCUGUCGUUGAUCAUGGCGGUAGAAAGCUCAAUGGCUGCUGGCGAUGCGGGCGGAAGCGACACCAAUUUAGGAUCCAACAGCGAAAAUGAAAGUAGCAGUAGAUUGUUCAUUUAG